AUGAUCUCAUAUCCAUUGUACUUACAUAUGGCGAUAUGGUGUGUGAUAAUAUUCCAUCUAUUUACAUUUACCAUUGCUGAUGAUGUGGAUUACGAGGAGAAAGUAGGUGAAGAGGCGGCACUAAUAAGAGAUUUGGGCAAUUUACUGCACAAUAAAUCCAAAGAACUUCCAAAAACACAAGAUAUAAUUGAUAAGAUCCAUGAAAAGGAUUUGGAAUAUGAAAAACAGCUUAAGCAACAGGAGGAUAGUGAGGAUUUAGAGUAUCAAAAAGGCAGAUUGACAAAUAUUUUAUGCAAUGGUCAAAACUAUAUUAGGGAUUAUAGUUAUCCAUGCCCUGAAAAUUGGCAAUUAUUGGAGAGUGGUGAAUGCUGGGGGGUUCUAUAUAAAGGGCCAUGUCAAGCACUUAACUACCUAACUGAUUAUACAACGGAUGAUAAAAAAGAUUUUGAGAUUAAAUGUUGUGUAAGUUGGCCAAAACUUCACAAAAAUACUCUAUCGCAUAAUGUUAAUCGCCGUGUUGUCAGGGGGCCAGUAAACCACUUGGGAAAUGUCUUAACGGCACAACGAAUUUGA